UCUCUUGUUAUGGAAAGGGAAGGUAUAUUAAAGUCCCUUGUUGAUGCUUUUCAGUAGAGAAGUUGAAAAUUUGCUAUACACUGGAUGCUGUAGAUAUCAAAAUGGCUUCAAACAUAUCCUCUGCAGAUUGGAACAAAAUCUCGAGACUUAAACCUAAAGAGCGAAAGGAAUUUCUUAAAUGGCACCUUCAAGCAAGGGAGCCGAUCCGCCGACUUUCAGACAUGAAACAAGGCGACCACCUUUUGAGGACAUACUACCGAGGUACUCCGAUCGAGUACGCGCACCAUUUUAUCUGCAUCGGAAGAGACGAGAAAAGUAGAAAGCCGAAGAUCAUUCAUUAUUAUAACACCACCUGGAAUGCCAUAAAGCAAAUGUUUCCCACCUUACUGGGCUUGGGUUCACGUCUCGAAGAGCUAGGAAUAAUUCAGGAGGUUACUUUGCCCGACGGAUACUUGAUCGCAAAGAGUGAUGUCGAUCCAAAGACGACGGAGCUGUUGAACGGAGUCGAAGUAGAAAGGGUUGUAUGGCCAGAGGAACUGAGACGAUACUCCACAGAAGAAGAGAUUGCAAGGGCUCGUAGAAGGUUAGGCGAGAAUGACUUCCAUCUGAUGAAGAACAACUGUGAAUCGUUUGUUAUGUGGUGUUUGUGUGACCUAAACAUCAGCUUACAAGUGACCUCAACCUUAAAAGCCCGUGGUGAGACAUUUAGUGCCGCAAUAAGAGCACUUUUUCAAUCGAUUAAACAGCUACCGAAGGUGGCUGCCGAACUUUGGGACGAUUUUGCAGCAGCUACAGCCCGAAAGGCUGUGGGAAAUGCUCUACCGAAGCUCGGAAUCAGUGUUGGGGCAGCAACGACCGUGGUCGCCGAAACUAUUAUGGCAAUUUGGGACAUUCGUAAGGAGUACAAGAAAUGGAGAGAUGGACUAUUAAUUAAAACAAGAAAGGAGUUCAUCGCAGAAGUGGUCGACAGAGUGAUUUUGGGUCUUUGUCGAAUUAAUGGAAUUAUUGUUGGUAUGAUCGUAGGCCAAAUUGUGAUUCCUAUUCCAGUCGUUGGUGGCCUCGUUGGAGCUUUGGUCGGAACUUUUGGCGGUGAUUUGGUUGGGAAAAUGGUCUCAGCUAAAACAAAUGUAAAGGGAGCUUUGGCGCAGAGUAUCGACGCACUCAUAGAUAAAUUCGAUGAAAUAAAUGCAAAACGUAAAGCGCACUCACAUAAACUCGAGCAAAACGUUGAAAAUAUACUCUUUCUCUCUAACAUGAAAGACGGUAAAGAUACAGUCUUGUUCUCCACCUAAUCAUCGAUAGGUAAGCAGCUCAGCGUAGUGUGAUGUACGCUUUAUUAUUUUGCUGCCAUCGGU